AUGGAGAGCGUAAUUCUAGCAUACAACAAAUUGUCGGUUAGCACCAUAGCUAGCGUGUUUAAGGAAAUAGAGGCCUCCUACCAAAAGAACAGCAAGGAGACGGGAAACAUCAUAGUCAAAAUUUUGCUGGAGACGGACAUAGAGAGCAACUUGCUGGCCGUGUCCUCUCUUCUCAAGCUCAUAUACUCGGCGCUGGACAGGUCGAUUGUUGAGGAGGUUGUUUCAAGCAUCGAGAAUCUGAGCCUGUGCUGCUACAUAUUCAACUACGGGCUGGUGGACGACACGUUCAUAAACUCGAAGGUCUCGGCGCUUAUUGAAAAGCGGGAUGUUCUGUCCAUCCUGAGAAUCCUGCAGAUGUCGAGCACGCUUCUAGACCACAGCACGCUUUCUCUGAUCGAGUCCUGCGUGGAGGAGGACGGAAGCUUCCUUGUCCGCUUUAUAAAGGAGUCCGUUGGCAUGAUCAAGAAGGGGCACAGCCCGUAUAGAAGCUACAUCCAGGAAGAAAUGAACAGCGUGGCAGGCACGGUUUCUGGGAUCCUGAAGAAAUACGCGCACACAAACACAGAGGUCAUCACAGCAGCAACAGACUCGGACGAGCUGAUUGCAGUCAAGUUCGGCAUGAACACGUCGCUUAAGAAGAAAAUAUUCUCGAUAGUCACAGAGAGCCCGGACUAUGCUGAGGCGCAGAGGGCGCUUUAUAAGCAGGUGAUCAGAAAAGUCUGGCACAUAGAGGAAAUAGUGAAGGUGUGCAUCCGCCUGUGCAUUUCUGAAAGUGCGUUCAACACGUACUACCCGACCUUGGUCAUCUCGAUAUACAACACCUCCUCGAACAACCACAAGAGCACCGUCAUAAAGUACAUAUACCAAACAGUGGACAGCAAGGUAGAAACCCUUUCCAGGCUGUCCGUUAAGGAAAUAUACAACUUGGGGAUGCUUUUGGGGCACUUCUACGUGAACGGAAUCAACUCGCUCAAGCCCGUGGUGGGCGGGUGCUUUGCCCUGAAGAAGCACGCAGUGCUGGCCAAGGUCGUCUUUAAAAGCAUCUUGGUGGCGCAUUUAGACAAGAAAAUAACGAAGUUCCGAAAGGUAAAGGAAAACGCAGAUUUUCGCAGAUUUUUCAACAGCAGCCUUAUAGACGGGUCUUUCCUAACAGAAGAAAACAGGCCGAGCUUGCAUUUUCUGUACGGCGAAAUGUUUAUACAAAAUUAA